CCCAGCUCUACCGACUACCGUACAAGCCGGCUAGUUACAUGGCCGGUCAACCAGUCGACCCGCCAACCGGCCAACCAACCGGAACCGUACGCCAGAGUCGCUAGCUUCCCUUUUCAAUUUAUCCCAUUAGCAAGACGCAGAUGUAGGCGGGUAGGGGUAUAUAAACAUAUAUGUGGAUAUACGCUUACCAUACAUGUAGGUAUUGGCAUUUUACACCAACGGUGGCGAGUAGGCAAAUCCUGCUUCCCCCUGCCAGUCUUACACCUGAGAAUAUAAAAUUGUGAUAUCGGUCUUUCUUCUCCCCUCUCUCUAUUCAUACUCUUCGCCUCGGCUGCCAAGCUGACCGAGCUCUGCCCUGUCCAUCGUCUUGUCCCACUCUCGCUCGCAGCCACUAACCCCGAUUCUCCAUAUCUCACCCCCCCCGUUCCCUCUCCCUCCUCCUUUCCCUCCUUUUCCCCCUUCUCCUCCUUUCUCCUUUUACCCUUUCUCCUCUUCUCCCCCCUUUACCCCUUCCCACGCUGGCAGCCCCGUGACGGCCACACUGAACACACACACCGAAAAAGCUCACACAAGCCACCACCACCACCACUCCCGGAAAAAAAAAAAACCUGCCCGUCACCACCGCACGCAGCACCAUGGCGCCGACCCUCUCGGUGCUCAGGCGCACCGUCGCCGUACUCGCCCGCACCGUCGCCGUGUUUACCGGGCUGCUCGACCCGUGGGUCUUCAUGUCGGUCUCGCUGUCGUACCUGCCGCGGGUACUCGCGACGCUGAUCCUGGCGCCGACGGGCGGCGGCGGGCCGUCGCUGGCGCGCAUCCGCGAGGCGUGGUUCGGCGCGUUCUGGCGCGAGGCGGCGGGGCCGGGGAUCCGGGCGCGCAACGCGGAGCGCGUGCGGGCGCUGCUGCGCGGGCGGGUGCACGCGGGGCGCGCGCUGGCCGACGGCGCGGAGGGCGGCAACGCGCCGCUCGCCGGCGUCGUGCUCGAGCUCGGCGCCGGCGCCGGCUUCUGGGUCGACGUGUUCCCGGAGGUGGCGGACUGCGGCGGCGGCGGCGGCGAGGCGGAGCCCGGCCGCCCCCGCGUCGAGCGCAUCUACGGCGUCGAGCCCAACGCCGCCCACCACCCGGCGCUGCGCGCCGCCGUCGCGCGCGCCGGCCUCGCCGACGUCUACGACAUCGUGCCCGUCGGCAUCGAGGCGCUGCGCGCGCCCUCCGCGGCCGCCGCUGCUUUAGACGCCCGCGCCGGCCGCCUGCGCCUCCCCCCCGCCUCCGUCGACUGCAUCGUCUCCCUCCUCUGCCUCUGCAGCAUCCCCGACCCCGAGCGCAAUAUCCGCGCCCUCUACGACCUCCUGCGCGACGGUGGCCGCUGGUACGUCUACGAGCACGUCCGCUGCGAGUACUCCUGGUACAUGCGCGCGUAUCAGCGGUUCGUCAAUAUCUUCUGGCCGCACUUCCUCGGCGGCUGCCAGCUGUGCCGGCCGACGGCGACGUACCUACGCGCUGCCGGCGGCGUCACCGGCGUCGACGCCUGGAGCCGGUUCGACCUCGCGCAACCGCCCGAGGAGGAGUGGUGGCACACCGUGCCGCACGUGCUAGGCGUGUUGACCAAAUGA